AUGACGCUUCUCUUGUCGCCCGUAGUCAUAUACGCGCUUCCGGUGCUGGUGGUCUGUUACAUCGUCUCAUCUUUCCUCGCCCGCCGCCGCAUUGUUCUAUUUGCCGAGACAAACGGCGCGACCUUCCCCAAGCACUUCUCCUCGAAGCUCCCCCUUGGCAUCGACUAUGUCUGGCGCGCCCUCAAGGUGGUGCGCAAGGGCGGCGAUAUCCUCGACGAUGUCAUUGGCGCAAAGUUUGCGCAAAACGGCGACACAUUUAGCAACACGGGCUUCUUCGGCCCGGCUGAAGUGUAUACCAUUGACCCGGUCAAUAUCCAGGCUAUCCUAGCGACGAAGUUCCGCGACUUCGAGCUCGGCCCGCGCAGAAUCGCGCAGUUCAAGCCGCUCGAGGGCAACAACAUCUUCACGGCCGACGGCGCCUUCUGGGAGCACUCGAGAGCGCUGUUCCGGCCGCAGUUCUCGCGGGAGAACAUCAACGACCUCGAGGGUACAGAACGUGCAGUGCAAGCUUUGUUCCGGGCCCUGCCUCUUGUCGGCAAGCAGGCGGGGGACGGUGCCUUAUCCGUUGACAUUAUGCCCCUGCUCUUCCGCUUCACGCUCGAUACGUCGACCGGCUUCCUCUUUGGGGAGAGCGUUGACUCCCAGAUGGCCGCUGCGACGGGCAAGACGUCGACGACAAGCGCGGCGACGGCCAUGGCGGCCGACCAGGCAGGGAGCGACAUGUCCUUCGCCUCGGCGUUCCACGAGGCGCAAAUGUACAUCAUCAUGCGUGUGCGGUUGCAGGGGCUGUACUUCCUCGCACCUAGCGGCGUGGGCAAGAAGUCCAUAGACUACAUCCGCAGGUACGUCGACCAUUACGUCCAGCUGGCGCUCAAGCGCGCGAAGCCGUCGGCGGACAAGUUUAGUCUGCUGGACACGCUCGUGGAGCAUACGCGGGACCGCGGGGAGCUGCGGGACCAGAUUCUCGGGCUGCUGCUCGCAGGGCGGGAUACCACGGCGUCGCUGCUCUCGUGGGUGCUGAUGAUGCUCGCGCGGCACCCGGCCGUGUUGGAGAGGCUUCGGGCCGAGGUGGUGGAGGACUUUGGGGAGUAUACCGAGAAGCCCGAGGGAAUCGACUUUGCAAGGCUCAAGGCGUCGCGGUAUCUUCAGUUUGUGCUGCGCGAGACGUUGCGGUUGUACAAUGUCGUGCCGCUCAACAGCCGGAUCGCGGCGCGGGAUACAGUCUUACCGAGGGGUGGUGGUGCUGACGGUACGUCGCCGGUCGUGGUCUUGAAGGGGCAGACGGUCAACUUUUCGCCGUAUCUGCUGCAUCGGCGGGCGGAUAUCUGGGCGGAUGCAAUGGAAUUCAAGCCUGAGCGGUGGGAGGGCGUCCGGUUGGAUUGGAAUUAUAUCCCGUUUAGUGGUGGGCCGAGGAUCUGCUUGGGACAACAAUUCGCCCUCACCGAAUCUGCGUAUCUCUUGGUGAGACUGCUGCAGAGGUUUAAGAGUAUAGAAUGGGUUGGGCCACAAGGAAAGCCAAGAAAGGAUAUCCACUUCACUAUGGCCCCCAGAGAUGGAGUCAAUGUCAGGAUCCGGUACGCUGAAUCAUAG